CCAGGUUCAGCGCGGUCAGCACGAUGACUGAUGGGGACUAUGAUUACCUGAUCAAGCUCCUGGCUCUGGGGGACUCUGGAGUAGGGAAGACAACGUUUCUAUACAGGUACACAGACAACAAGUUCAAUCCCAAGUUCAUCACCACGGUGGGAAUAGACUUCAGGGAAAAGAGAGUGGUGUACACAGCGUCGGGCCCCAAUGGAACCACAGGGAAGACUUUUAAAGUUCACCUCCAGCUCUGGGAUACGGCUGGACAGGAGAGGUUCCGGAGUCUAACCACAGCCUUCUUCAGAGAUGCCAUGGGCUUCCUGCUCAUGUUUGACCUCACCAGCCAACAGAGCUUUCUCAACGUCCGCAACUGGAUGAGCCAGCUGCAGGCCAAUGCGUACUGUGAGAACCCAGACAUUGUGUUGGUGGGCAACAAGGCAGACCUGGCGGACCAGAGAGAGGUGCAGGAGAAGCACGCUAAGGAACUAGCCGACAAGUACGGGAUCCCGUACUUUGAGACGUCGGCAGCGACGGGGUCUGAGGUGGACAAGGCGGUCAUCACUCUGCUAGACCUGGUCAUGAAGAGGAUGGAGCAGUGUGUCGACAAGCCCACCGCCGAUCCCGCCAACGGGGGAGGAGCCACCAAGCUGGAGGACGCUGCGCCUGACCAGAAGAAGUGUGCAUGCUAGACCUCUAGCCUCUUCCACGUCCCCUUCUCCCUACUCUGGUUGGUCCUCUAGUGCGCCCUCUGGUGGCCAGACGCAGAAGGGCAGCAGCGUGGCCACAGCAUGAUGUGUGAGGGGGCAGCUCAGUCAGCCACACUGCAAUGGGGGUUGUGGUUCUGGCCUUGCAUGGCCUGUGUGUACUGUGCUGGGCCUGGCUAUGUGUCUCUCCUGCCUGUCCUGUGUUGUGUUGUAUUGUGUCCCAAUUGUCACCCUGUUCCCUUACAUAGGGCAUUACAUUUGACCAGAGCCUAUAAGGUGUGCACUAUGUACAUUGCCUUGGACAUAAUGGACAAGACAGCGGGACGAGCCGAGUUCAUUAUCUCCUCGGUAAUGUACAGAACGGAGGCGUUUAUCCCGCUUAUACCACAGUUGCCAAAGAAAACAAUACUAAAGCACACAUUUUCUGGUGGAAAUGUUUUCAUAGAUAUUUUUUUUUGAAUGGAUUAAAAGUCAAAUUAAUACUUUUUCCAUCCUCCCAUGAAACCUGAUUUGUUAGUCCGUUGCCAGAGAUACGACUCUGUUGCUCAUUCGUUCUGUUCUAUGGACGUUUUUAUUCGGUUGCCAUGCUGACUUGCUUGCUAGCUAGUGAACUAUUUUUUUUUUAACACAAAAUCACAUCAACCCUCUGCAGCCAGAAUACCGGUAUAGUAGCUGUGUUUGCUGUUUUCUAGUGACAAUUCAUUUGGAUAACAUCCAUAACAAUGAGCUGAUGAUGACGAUGAUGAUGAGGAUGAGGAAGAGCGAUUUUGGCAUUGAAUAGUUUGCGUUCGCGUCAGGACACAGUUCGUUAUGAGGAGAGCGCAUUGCAUAGUUACAUUUUGAGUCAUUUGGCAGACAGUCUUGCUCAAGGGCACAUUGUUCACCUAGUCCGCUCGGGGAUUGGAACCAGCGACCUUUCGGUUAACUUCUAGGCUAGCUGCCGCCCUUAUCGAACACGGCAAACACUAGGCUUGAACGUAGCUAAACAGUUUGUUGCUAGCAAACAUGCCAAUGUGACCAAUCGAAUUUAACAAUAUCAGUUGCUGAAAACAGCUGUUAAAAAUAGAAAAGUGGGCGGGUUUGACAGCAUAGCUCCACUUGCUUCAUGAUUGCAACAUUGAAGGCCCGGGAAAAAUGUAUGUUCAUCACUCACCACGUUAGGUUCAUCAGAGGUCUCUGCGAAAAAGAAAAUAAAUGAAUGCUAGCUAGCUAGUUAGCUAUGUUUUUCCUUGUUGGACCUGCGUUUACAAUGUAUCCAAUAUCGGUUUGUGUGGUUGUUGGUUUAUCUUUCUGUAACUACAGUCUGCUUGUGUAGUGCUUUAUAAUGCGUCAUGAUCAGGUAGGUAUCCCAUAUAUAUCUGUCCCAGAGACAUCUGUCUUCUAUAUUUGGUUUUAAUGCCCAUUCUAGAAUGCCCUUCUAGCCAAUCAGAAACGAGUAUUCAACAAUGCUGUGGUAUAAAUAGGGAAUAGGUUGCCAUUUGGGACGAAAGCCUGGCCUAUCGGAGGCCUAUGUUUUAUAAAACUUUAUAUCCUCAUGUUGUUUACAAGUAUUUGUCCAAUCUAAUCUCCUGCCUUGGCUUCUAAGGUCCCAUCCAUACAGUACCAAUAUUAAAAUCGAAUCUACUGCCUUGGCUUCUAAGGCCCCAUCCAUACAGUACCAAUAUUAAAAUCUAAUCUCCUGCCUUGGCUUCUAAGGCCCCAUCCAUACAGUACCAAUAUUAACAUCUAAUCUACUGCCUUGGCUUCUAAGGCCCCAUCCAUACAGUACCAAUAUUAAAAUCUAAUCUCCUGCCUUGGCUUCUAAGGCCCCAUCCAUACAGUACCAAUAUUAAAAUCUAAUCUCCUGCCUUGGCUUCUAAGGCCCCAUCCAUACAGUACCAAUAUUAAAAUCUAAUCUACUGCCUUGGCUUCUAAGGCCCCAUCCAUACAGUACCAAUAUUAAAAUCUAAUCUCCUGCCUUGGCUUCUAAGGUCCCAUCCAUACGGUACCAAUAUUAACAUUAUAAAGCAUUUAUAUAUGAUUUUUAAAUUUAAAGUAGAGCUGUAUGUUUAUUAACUUUCUUUUGUUUUAGAUCAGAUUGUUAUUAUUAUUAUUACAGUAAAUCUAAUCCGUUAGAUCACGGUUCAACACACAUUAAAUUUAGGUAAAGUAAAAUUAAAUUUACAGUAAAUGUGAUCCCCCAUUUAACAGUACUGUUUGACAACCGCCGUGUAUAGCUAAAUGUGCAUAAAAGACAGUAAGGUAUGAUCAACUUUAUGAUAUUAUAAUAUCACUCAGUCAAGACUGAUAUAAUAUUACUGUCAGGAAAAUACAUCGUCAAGCUGUAAAUAUCUCAUUGAUGAUAACUGCUGUCUGUCUGUCUGUCUGUCUCUGUCUGUCUCUGUCUGUCUGUCUGUCUGUCUGUCUGUCUGUCUCUGUCUGUCUCUGUCUGUGUCUGUCUGUCUGUCUGUCUGUCUGUCUGUCUGUCUGUCUGUCUGUCUGUCUGUCUGUCUGUCUGUCUGUCUGUCUGUCUGUCUGUCUGUCUGUCUCUGUCUGUCUGUCUGUGUCUGUCUGUCUGUCUCUGUCUGUCUGUCUGUCUCUGUCUGUCUGUCUCUGUCUGUCUCUGUCUGUCUGUCUCUGUCUGACUCUGUCUGACUCUGUCUGUCUGACUCUGUCUGUCUGACUCUGUCUGUGCCAAAAUUAACUGGUCACAUACACAUAUUUUGCCUAUAUUAUUUUGGGUGUAGCGAAAUGCUUGUGUUCCUAGCUCCAACAGUGCAGUAAUAUCUAACCAGGUCAGGGGUGUCUGUCUGUCUGUGGCCUUUUGACAUCCCUAGCGACUAAUCUCGUGUGACAGACUUUAACAUCAAAUCUAGCUACAGUAGUUGGCUAGUGCACGCAAUAUGUAGUUCUGUGUUCCGUGAGGAUGUUGCUAUGGAAUGUAGUUCUGUGUUCCGUGAGGAUGUUGCUAUGGAAUGUAGUUCUGUGUUCCGUGAGGAUGUUGCUAUGGAAUGUAGUUCUGUGUUCCGUGAGGAUGUUGCUAUGGAAUGUAGUUCUGUGUUCCGUGAGGAUGUUGCUAUGGAAUGUAGUUCUGUGUUCCGUGAGGAUGUCGCUAUGGAAUGUAGUUCUGUGUUCCGUGAGGAUGUCGCUAUGGAAUGUAGUUCUGUGUUCCGUGAGGAUGUUGCUAUGGAAUGUAGUUCUGUGUUCCGUGAGGAUGUUGCUAUGGAAUGUAGUUCUGUGUUCCGUGAGGAUGUUGCUAUGGAAUGUAGUUCUGUGUUCCGUGAGGAUGUUGCUAUGGAAUGUAGUUCUGUGUUUCCCGUGAGGAUGUUGCUAUGGAAUGUAGUUCUGUGUUCCGUGAGGAUGUCGCUAUGGAAUGUAGCAUGGCCACAUCUACCAGCUUUUACAGGAGAUUGCUCCACUUCGCACGGCCUGGCGAGCGACAACACAAGUGUUCGACAACCAUUGCUCCCCACCCCCCACCACUUCUUACACCUGAAUGUAACAUCCUCAACUUUUCUAUAACACAAUAAUAACAUGAUGGUACAUAGGGACCAAGACAGACAGGCAGUCCGUGUUAACAACUAGUAUUGUGUUUAAGACAAGACAAAAGUCCAUAAUGUAGUAUAUGUUCUGUAUAUAACUGAUGUGGAUUUAUUGUUUAAUAAACCUGAUUGGAGGACAUGUUUGUCUUUAAAAAAAGGA